UGAGUUAGUUUUUGAAAUACUCACCUAUAUUCCCGUCAAAUCUCUACUCCAAUGCAGUGGUGUUUGCAAGAGCUGGCGGUCUAUGAUCUCCGACCCAUCGUUCAUCGAGGCCCAUCGAUCCCGUUCAGCUACCACUCUCCUCAUCUCCUUCCCCGACAUGCACCGCCCUCGCAGGAAGCAUCAUCUCUUCUCCAUAAGCGAUGGAGAAGCGCGCCAACUCUCCGGAUCUCAUCACUGGAAUACUUCUCAGUCCGUAAACGGCUUGAUUUGUCUCUACGAGCAGCACGAUCGUUCGUUUCCGAAACUAUCCUUUCGCGUGACUCUCUGCAAUCCUAGCACUGGAGAACGCGUGACUCUUCCACCCACACACUUCUCAAACCCAGACUUGUGUUUCGACCACCAGCACAUCUCUCUGGGGUUCGACCCUUCCACCAAGACCUACAAAAUCCUGAAGGUAUGGUUCGAAAGAUACAACAGCAUCAUGUGUGAGAUUCUCACUCUGGGCAGCCACGCAUGGAGAAUCAUCAAAGAUGGCCUAGAAUAUACAUUGGAAGCAAAGGGGAUUUGCCUCAACGGGACUAUAUAUUGGGCCGAUGCAAGGCAUAUAUCUGAAGACUAUCCUCACUUCGUCGUCAUGCAGAACAGAGUGAUAGCAUUCGACGUUGGAGAAGAGAAGUUCCGAUCUGUUCCCGUCCCGCCGGAAGCCCCCAUAUGGGAUAAAUGCAUGUCGAGCAUCAUACAAAUCGGUGGGCACAUGGCCAUUGCAGACUACCAACACGUGGCGACAGGCAUUAGUACUGUUAUGCUAAUCUGGAAAUUGGAGGAUUCUGUAAAUGGGAUCUGGAGCCAGAAGAGAAUUCUGCUGCCUGAAUCUUGGAUACACAGCGGGUUUUUUAGAGACUUUUAUGUGCUUCACUGUAACGUAGAGGAAGGGCGUCUGCGGAGGGAGGCUAUACGUCGGCCACCUCAGGAUGAUUGGGAUUCUCGUUCUUCAAUUGUUACUUCUCGUCAAGUCUGUGAGUAUGUGGAGAGUCUGGUUUCUUUGAAGGAAAUUUGCAGGUUGUAGUGGUUUUGAUUCCGGUCCUUCUGAGAG